AUGAAGAUGGAAGGGACAUUCCCUGAGGCAGAAGGGGCUCCAUCCGAGGAAGCGCAGAGGGCUGUGGCCCAGGAGGGUGCCCAAGAUGCCCUCUCAUGUGUUAAUGCACAGAUGCACUCAAGUCGUCGCCUUUGCACAGAUGUGGAAGCAGCUGCUGGACCUCUGGUGCAGGAUGUAAUGAGAUUUCCCUUUUUUAUUCCAGCAGGGGAUGAUCAGUGGAAUGAGGAGGAUGAAGAACUGCAUUAUCUGGUGCCAGAUGAAGUCAAGAAUGAAGAUCAUCUAAGAACCCACACAGGGGAAAAACCUUUUGAAUGCUCAGAGUGUGGAAAGAGAUUCAGUCGGAGUAGUGAUCUUCAGCGGCAUCGAAGAACCCACACAGAUGAGAAACCUUUUGAAUGCUCAGAAUGUGGAAAGAGAUUCACAGAAAAUGGCGAUCUUCUAAAGCAUCAGAGAAUCCACACAGGGGAGAAACCUUUUGAGUGCUCAGAGUGUGGAAACAGAUUCAGUAGGAGUGGCAGUCUUCGAAAGCAUCAAAGAACCCAUACAGGGGAGAAACCUUUUGAGUGCUCAGAGUGUGGGAAAAGAUUCAGUUGGAGUAGUCAUCUUCAACAGCAUCAAGAAAUCCAUAGACAGGAGAAAUCUUUUGAAUGUUCAGUGUGUGGAAAGAGAUUCAGUCGGAGUAGAGAUAUUCAGCGGCAUCAAAGAAUCCAUACGGAUGAGAAACCUUUUGAAUGCUCCGAAUGUGGAAGGAGAUUCACUGAGAGUGGUGGUCUUCUAAACCAUCAAAGAACCCACACAGGGGAGAAACCGUUUGAGUGUUCAGAGUGUGGGAAAAGAUUUCUUAGGAGUGCCAGUCUUCUAAAGCAUCAAAGAACCCAUACAGGGGAGAAACCUUUUGAGUGCUCAGAGUGUGGAAAGAGAUUCAGUUGGAGUGAUCAUCUUCAACAGCAUCAAGAAACCCAUAGACAGGAAAAAUCUUUUGAAUGCUUGGAGUGUGGAAAGAGAUUCACUCGGAGUAGUGAUCUUCAGCGGCAUCAAAGAACACACUCACAGGAGAAACCUUUUGAGUGCUCCGAGUGUGGAAAGAGAUUCAUUGAAAGUGGCAGUCUUCUAAAGCAUCAAAGAACCCACACUGGGGAGAAACCUUUUGAAUGUUCAGAGUGUGGAAAGAAAUUCAGUCAGAGUGCAAGUCGUCUAAAGCAUCAGAGAUCCCACACAGGGGAGAAACCUUUUGAGUGUUCAGAGUGUGGAAAGAGAUUUAGUCAGAGUGACAAUCUUCUACAACAUCAAACAACCCACACAGGGGAGAAACCUUUUGAAUGCUCAGAAUGCGGAAAGCGAUUUGCUAAGAGUGGCAAUCUUCUAAAGCAUCAAAGAACCCACACAGGGGAGAAACCUUUUGAGUGUUCAGAGUGUGGAAAGAGAUUCAGCAGGAGUAGCAAUCUUUUGCAGCAUCAAAGAACCCACACAGAGAAGAAGCUUUUGAAUGCUUCGAGUGUAGAAAGACAUUCAGCUGAAGUAUCGCUCUUCUACAGCAUCUAA